AUGAGAGUUGUGUCGGCAAAAAGCGGUGGCGCGUAUCGCGGCCUCUGCCGAGCGCAGUGGCACGGGGCUUUGUCAGGUGACCACGAUCCCCUGCCGAUCGUUGAUUCUCCAGCGACUAAGUCCUUCAUCGCCAUCCUCCUGCCGCUUCGUCUCCUCGUCCGAUCCUUUCGGCCUUCCAACAUGUCCUCCAUCCUCUCUGUCCUCAAAACCAAGCUCGGGGAGUACAUGCUCGCUCUUCCCGACGGCGCCGCCGAGUACGAAGAUUACGAGGCCUGGGCGCAGGGGCUGUUUUCGAUCGUUCGGCGCGUGGGCAGGACGUGCCCGAACUCGCGGCCUGGGUCGCCGAGGCUGAGACGUGCGGCGCGCUUUGCAGCGCAGAAACAGCAACAAGCGGCCGAAGAACAGGCCCUGGCAGAGGAGGCUGCGCGGGUCGCUGUCGCCGAACGUGAGGCUGAGGAAGCCGAGGCGAUGCGGGCUGCCGCUGCCCGUCAGUUGGCCGAAGAAGAUCGUCAGCGGCGUCGGGAGGCCUUGGUGGAGGCCAUGUUCAACGGGUCGCUCGAUCCUGAACAGGGUGAUCGUCAGCUGGCCGAGCUGGAGUCAGAGUCCGUCUUUCCCAUUCCUCUCUUCUUUCACUCCCCUUCUCCUUCUACCGCCGCGUCCUCCUCUCAUCCCAAUCCGUCCGCCGACUCUUCUCAUCCCGACCCGUCCGCCGAUGAUUCGGAGCUUGCGUCCGCAACCGAUGCCCUGGACCGAAUGAGCGUGGGCCUGGUCGCCGCCGCUGCCCCGACUGACGCGAAGGGCAAGCAAUCGGCUGCUGCCGUUGUCAUCGAGUUCGCGCGUCAACUGACGCCGACCGCUGGACGUGUCGUGCUUCCUCUGGGUCCUGGCACAGGCCGAAUGUCGUCUGUUCGGCCUCCUGUGGAGCGGAACGGAGCUGGUAAGUUGCUGCAGGAUCCCCCGGGCUUGUUGCCGGAUGACGUCCUCGCCAAAUACGCGUGCCAUCGGUGCGCCACCGAGUUUACCACUGUAGCUUUUCGGUGCUACACGAGGGCCGGCCGAGUUUCUUGUACGAAGUGCUCCAAGGAGCAGAAAGGCUGUAGCUUCCAGCCCGGGUGGAUGCCGAAGGACAAAGGGAAGUCAAAGGGGAAAGGGAAGUCGAAAGCGAAGGCGGCCGAAAAGUCGGGGGAGCCGGAACCAUCGCGCCCGACUAAGAAGCGUAAGGUCGAGGUACUCAUCCCCGAACGAUCUGUCGGCGAGAGUAUUGCGCGGACUAAAGCUGUUCGGGUUCGGAAGCCCGUCCAGCGUCUCCCAACCACCACCUGUACCGUCCUGGCCCCUUCCCGUCCCCGUUCUUCUGCUGUCCCCGCCCUGCCCGACUCCUCUCGCCUGUCUCCUGUCGUCGCGCAAGGCAUCGCGUCGGAGCUUCGGUACCGCAUUGCUGUGGCCGAAGGUACUCGUGCCUCGCUGGCGCGUUUGAUCGCGAUGUGGCAGGGUGAGUUGGAGGUUCUUGAGGCGCGUUCGGGUGGAUCGGCGGUUUCGGAUGUGGUGUUGGUGGAAGACUCGUCGGAUGCCGAGGAUUCGGGAAUGUCGGUGUCGGGCGACUUUGUUCCCGAUGUGUAA